CUGGAAGUCCUACCCCUCCCCACUCUUGUUUAACCCCCAAAGCUACCACCACCUGCUCUGCUUUAUUUAAAUGAUAAGUUCAGUAUCGACUCUGGACUUCCUAUGUUUCCAUAGCAGCAGAUAAGCACUGCAACUUACAACCUCACCGGAAUGGCCAAGGUUUUGAGAGUUUUCUUUCUUCUUCUCAGGCUGCUGGCUGUGGCAGCCACUCUUUGUGCGGUGGUCAUCAUGGCAACGAGCCAUGAUUCCACCACCGUGUUUGGCAUUACCUUGGAAGCCAAGUUCCAACACACUCCUGCCCUCGUGUUCUUUGUCGUAGCAAAUGGUAUAGCUUUUAUCUACAGCUUGAUUGUGCUUUUUGUACCUUCAACAAGCUUACUAUCGAGGUCAAUCAUCGUGUUUGAUGUGAUUUUGGCGAUGCUGCUAACGGCUGCCAUUGCAGCAGCAGGAGCCAUGGCACAACUAGGGAAGAAGGGCAACUCUCAUGCAGGAUGGUUCCCUAUCUGUGACAGAGUUCCAAACUUUUGUGAUCAUGUCAUGGGAGCAAUGAUAUGCGGCUGUGUUGCUGUUAUUACCUUCCUUCUGAUUGUGCUCUAUGACAUUCACCAAGUAUUGAGUCCUAAGUUUCCAUGAUCCUAAUAUCUAUUGGGAAAUGAUGCAACCAUACAUAUUACAUUUAAAUUCACUGCAGAUAUUCAUGUAUUGAUCUGCUAAAAAAAAUUUCUAGAGAAUCAAUCACUA